UCUGUUUAAAAUCAUACACUUUCUUUGAUUUUAAGAUCUAUUUAAAAUAAUGCAUGUUUCAUGAUUUAAGAUCCUGGAAAACUUCAGAUUUACAAACUUUACAAAUUUAAAUCCCCUCCAAUUCUCCUUCUAAAAAUCAGCAGCAAAUCUUUUUUUUUUUCAAAGAAAUAUAAAUAAAAUAAAUCUUAUAUUCUCCCAAAACACAUCAGUCUGUAAACUUUACGCUAGAAACUUUAUUAAUUCUCGUAACAAAACAGCCCCUUACAUUGAGAUAUACUCCCUAUACAAAACCAGUAAAACUACUUCUCAAAAGCAUACUGGUAUUUUUUAAACCAGCAACCUUAGAGACUUUGUAAAAAUUACACCAUAUCAGAAACAUUACUAACUUACAAAGUAUUUUAAAACAAUUUGGGACUAAAUUUUUUUUAUCAAAAUACUCCAUCCUCUCAAGAAACAGAGCAAGGCUAUAGACAAAAAAAAUAAAAAAUAGUUACCUGAAACACAAUUUUUGUAGUGGAUUAUAAUUUUUUUUUCUUUAAAAAAAAAGUUCAGAAACUAUUUUAAGAAUAUCAGAGUAAAGAAUUCUAACAUUAAUUCACUUUUAAUAAUAGCAAGAAUGUUAAAAAUAUAUAUUUUAUUAAUAAUCUCUUCAUACUGGGUUUAGAAGAACUAACUUCAUCCCAUACUGGUAACUCUGCUUACUGGUUAAAUGAAAGUCUGCUUACUGGUUUACGAAUCUGUUACUGGGUAAACAAAGCCUUCCUCUUAAUAUACCCCUCCCCCCCACCAUACUGGUAUUGCUUGUUUUAACAUAUACUGGUUUUCAGUUUCUCUUACUGGUUAUUCAAACCUUUUUACUGAAUCCCAGUUGCAUGUUUUCAAGCAUCUGCUUACUGGUUUUCAGACUAGUUUAAACAAAGGAGCCUUACUGGUUUGGAGACGUAUUCUUACUGGUUUUAAGAAGUAUCUGAUUUUUUUUCAGCCAUAUUCUUACUGGUUUAAAGAAAUAUUCUGGUAUGCAGUCAAGCCUUGAACUGAUUAAACGCUCUCACUGGUUUUAGUGUACUGUUUUUUUCAGCCAUUCUCACAGUGGUUUAAAUAAAUAUCCUUACUGGUUUUGAAACACGUCCUUACUGGUUUAAGUAGCUUGGUUAAGCAGUACUGGUUUAGAAAAAUAUCCUUACUGACUUUUCAACAUUAUUCAUACUGGUUUCCAGCUGAGUCAUUAACUGGUUACACAAAGGAGCCUUACUGGUUUUAAAUAAAUAUCCUUGCUGGUUUAAAGGACUACCCUUACUGGUUUUUAAGUCGCAUUCUGAACUGGUUACACAAAGGAGCCUUACUGGUUUUCAAAACUAUCCUUACUUUUUUGAAUACUGGUUUUACCAGCAGCGUCUUUCGACAGCUGGGAAGCAAACAGGUUGUUUCUAAAGAAAUCUCCUGUGACCGGUGACCCCCCCCCAAGUCACUUGCAUGAGUGGAGGGGGGGGCGGGGUGUUUGACUUCGCUGAUGGGGGCAGCUACCUGGGAGGUUGGGAGGAGGGGCGUGCGCACGGCCUGGGGCUGUGCAAGGGCCCUGGGGGAGAGGGGGAGUACGCAGGGAGCUGGGAGCGAGGGUUCGAGACCCUGGGGGUGUACAUCACCCCCCGCGGCAGCUCCUACAUGGGUCAGUGGUCCCAGGGAACGAGGCACGGCCUGGGGGCCGAGAAGAGGGAGGGGCCCGGAGGCCCUCAGCGAUGGAGCUACCUGGGGGAGUGGACCCAGGGCCACAGGGGCCCCCUGGGGGUGCGAGAGGCCAUCUCCGGGGCUCGGUACGAGGGGAGCUGGAGCCCAUUAGGACAGCAGCACGAGUACGGGACAGAGAUAUACACAGACGGAGGUGAGAGACACUGCCCCCUAUCUAACAGUGCUGGUAUUGACAGUGAGAGACACUGCCCCCUAUCUAACAGUGCUGGUAGCGACACUGGGAGAUUACAGACCUACAUUGGCCAAUGGGUGAACGGUAAGCGCCAUGGUUUUGGUGUGCGGCAGAGCGCCCCCUACAGGCAGGCCACAGUGCUGCACUCCCCUCGCAGGUCCUCUCUGAACUCCGUGCGCAGCGACAAGGGUCCCGAAACCAGUAAAACCAGUAAGAACAGCGCUCCCAGCCCCGCGGUUGCCAUGCCCGUGGCUCAGCUGAACAACAACGGCAGGGCCGGACAGGAGGUGGAGGAGCCGGAGAGCAUUCCCAGCAUUCCCGGCGUGAACUUUCAAACCCUGCGGAAAACCAACCAGAAGAAAAUCGAAAACAGCGAAGCGAAUAAUCACAACUACACCCAGGAACCCCAGUCCACCAUCGACCCUCCCCUCUCACCGAAACACUCGCGCCCGCCCCACUCCUCUCUGGGGGCGUCCCGGGCUGGCUUCGUCCUGACCCAGCAGCUGUGUGCCCGCUACCAGCCAGCGGGGGGCGGAGCCAGGAAGGAGGGGAGGCCGGCGGGCGGGGGCCGAGGCGGGGCCGCCGAGAAGAGGCACUUUUUCUCCUGCAAGGGGCGGUCGCUGUCCGCCACGGUGGAGAACCAGCUCCAGCAGAAGGCAGCGAAUGGAGGGAGCAAAACCGGGUUCUUCCUGCGCAGGACCUCCCUGCUCAGCGGCCUCCGCCUAGCCAGGACAUCCGAAUCCAAGAAUUCCCUGUCCAGCAAGCGCAGCUCCCUCCGGAGUGCGAACGAGGGCGAGGAGGAGGAGGAAGGGGGGAAGGGGAGGGCCCUUCUAGAUUCAGAGCAGGCUUUGUUCCUGGUGUCUGAUGGGUCCGUGACGGAGGUCUACGCUGGUGAGUGGCGGCUGGACAAGAGGUCCGGUUUUGGGCAGAGCCGGCGGUCGGACGGGCUGAGCUACGAGGGGGCCUGGCUGGGGAACCGUCGCCACGGUUACGGCCGCACGGUGUUCCCGGACGGGAGCUGCGAGGAGGGGAAGUACCAGGGGAACGAGCUGACCCUGGGGGGUCCCGUGGACGGGCCGGGCCGGGCUGUCACCAGGCUGAUUUUGCUGAGGCAGAGGAGCAAGGUGAAGGGGAAGGUGGAGAGGGCCGUGCUCGAGGCCAGAGGGGCGGCGCUGAUCGCCAGGCAGAGAGAGGAGCUCGCGAGGGGAACGACUAGCUGA